ACCUGUUUCCAUUGUGUCCUUAAGUAUGUUUAAAAUUUACCCCCUAAUUCCAUGCGGUUUUGUCUUUCACGUGUGGGGUUUAGUGUCCUUGCGCCUGCAUCGGAGGACCCUGCCCGUAGAGCAAAUGGUUCACUCUGGUCCCCAACCUUUUUCUAGGCUUGCUAUUGUGCGCCCGUGAUCGACAAGACCACGAGGCUGAGCGCGCCCGGGAGGUUUUUUCUAUAAAUGGCUUAAAGCCCUAGUCUAGACUAUUUUCUCGGAUAAAAGGGGGAGACAAUUACCUUCUUGUUCUUUGCUGGUGAACCCUGGCUCUGUAGGGCGAACCUGGAAUUUAACCAGUCUGCCCGAAGCCGGCGGUGGAGGACAAAAACAGCCGCGACCUCCGGCAGGGCAGAAAGAGAAGGGCAGCCCUCGCAGGACGCUCUCCUUUGGGGCUCGUGCCUGGGUGUUUGAUCCUCCUUUUCCUGUUUGCUUGGGGACCGGACCGGAGCGGAGCAAAGGGUGUGAUGGACUGCAAUAAUGGGUGCUCCGCGGAAUGUACCGGAGAAGGAGGAUCAAAAGAGGUGGUGGAGACGUUUAAGGCUAAAGAUCUAAUAAUCACACCAGCCACCGUUUUAAAGGAAAAACCAGACCCCAAUACUCUGGUUUUUGGAACGGUUUUUACGGAUCACAUGUUAACAGUGGAGUGGUCCCUGGAGUUUGGAUGGGAGAAACCACACAUCAAGCCUCUUCAAAACCUGUCAUUGCAUCCAGGUUCCUCGGCUUUCCACUAUGCAGUGGAAUUAUUUGAAGGAUUGAAGGCAUUUCGGGGAGUAGAUAAUAAAAUUCGUCUGUUUCGGCCAAACCUCAACAUGGAUAGAAUGUACCGGUCUGCUAUGAGGGCGACUUUGCCGGCGUUUGACAAGGAAGAGCUUUUAGAGUGUAUUCAGCAGCUUGUGAAAUUGGAUCAAGAAUGGGUCCCUUACUCAACAUCUGCAAGUCUGUAUAUUCGUCCUACAUUCAUUGGAACUGAGCCUUCUCUGGGAGUCAAGAAGCCUACGAAAGCCCUGCUCUUUGUAAUCUUGAGCCCAGUGGGGCCUUAUUUUUCAAGUGGAAGCUUUAAUCCGGUGUCCCUGUGGGCCAAUCCGAAGUAUGUAAGAGCCUGGAAAGGUGGGACCGGGGACUGCAAGAUGGGAGGGAAUUACGGCUCAUCUCUCUUUGCCCAAUGUGAAGCAAUGGAUAACGCAUGUCAGCAGGUUCUGUGGCUCUAUGGAGAGGAUAAUCAGAUAACUGAAGUUGGAACAAUGAAUCUUUUUCUUUACUGGAUAAAUGAAGAUGGAGAGGAAGAACUGGCAACUCCUCCACUAGAUGGCAUCAUUCUUCCAGGAGUGACAAGGCAGAGCAUCCUGGACCUGGCACACAAGUGGGGAGAAUUUAAGGUGUCAGAGAGGUACCUCACCAUGGACGAGCUGACCACAGCCGUGGAGGAGGACCGCGUGAGGGAGAUGUUUGGUUCUGGUACCGCCUGUGUUGUUUGCCCCGUUUCGAAUAUACUGUACAAGGGUGAGACUAUACAUAUCCCAACUAUGGAGAAUGGGCCUAAGCUUGCAAGCCGCAUCUUGGACAAAUUGACUGAUAUUCAGUACGGAAGAGAAGAGAGUGACUGGACAAUCACAGUAUCCUGAAUGGAAAAGAACAGGCUAUCAUUUGUGUGCUUUUGGGACAGGCUGUUGCAUUUGAAUUAUGAGACAUUUCUUUGGCUACCUGUUUUUAGUUGCGCAUAAUGUAGUUUGUAUUAUCGGUGUUACCAGGGCGAUUGUUUCCUCAUGCCAGAGGAGAUGAAUUGCAAUCAUCCAGUAGUAGUUUAUAAACUUGCUCCUAGAAGCUUACCUUACCUUCUCUAGAAAGAUGAGAAUGGAAGCCAUCUAAGCGUAGAAUUUUCCUCCAUAACCUGAGUGCUUCCCUUGGUACUUCAGUCAGAUAAAAAAGUGUUUAUUCUUUAGCAUAAGUUACGUUCUGCUCCUCAACCAAGUGUUUGAAAGCUGAUCUGAGUAAAUUUCAUAGGUACCAUUUCCUGCGACACAUCUUCAUCCUCGGAAAGUGUUUUUUGUUUGUUUGUUUGUUUGUUUUGUUUUGUUUUAAAUCAAGGCUUUGAGAAACUGGAUUUCCUCCCCUCAUAUUUCUUUCCAGGUCCCCUAAGUCCAUCGUAGAGAAAAUCUCUCCCUCCUUCCUGAUGUCACGGUCUGCGUCAGGCUCUCCUGGUGCGUCAGCAAGGCCCACCUCUGCCCUUUCCACAUUGUGUUGUAAUCAGCAGUCAGGCUUCUCUACAAGACUGAGGGUCUUGUGCCUUAUAGAUCUUUGUAUUCCCCUGCUUGGCACAUAACAAGGAAUGAAUGAACAUGUACCUUCUAUAGAAGUGUACCUUCUUUGUUUCUAUAUUGUGAAACCUCUUUAUUAGAAUUUGUGAUUGAUUCUGACUUUAUAUUUACCUCAUAUUGUCUUUAUUUUCCAUGGAUUGCUAAGUCAUUAGAGAUGCUCAGAGUCAUAGUUUGUUGGAGGAAUGAUUUCUUAUUUGAAGACUGUCUUGGAAUUAAAGAAGUAGCUCUAGAGAGAUCAUGAUACCAUACCAACCAAAUGGAAAUGAUAUAUGUUUCGUGUUAAACACAUAAAUGUUGUGUUAAAUACAAAAUAAAUCAUAUUUAGUUUUUUGAUAGAAAGCAAAAA